CAUUAAUAAAAAAGAAGUAAUCAGAUCAUGACCGCUUUAAAAAAAAAUGCAGACUCAGCGAUUCUGCUCAGCGACAGUCCACAAUGAAAUUGUCAGUUUCGUUCAGUCAUCGCUGGGCUGUGUUAUAGUCUGGAAUCUUUUCAAUGUGACCGUAGAAUUUUCGUAAGACACGAAUAUAUCUAAUGGAAAAACAAACAAAAUAUACAUAUCACAGAUAUGACUGCGGCUAUAUAAAUACAGCUCGAAAAUUGGACUUUAUUACAGUAUCGUAUUAGCGUAUCGUAUCACAAUGAAAUAUGCGAUUCGCGAUAUACGAUCGGUGAUAUACGAUACAAGUUUAGUGAUAACUUAAAGUGUUGAGACGUACGUCGACGUACCAAACGUUGCCGCCAGUUCUUCAAGCUCUCCUGUAUUGUAUCUUUCUGAAUUUUGGAAUUACACAACUGCUCAUUCUUAUAAAUGUAUGAAUGCUUGCAAUUUUAUCAUAACUCUUGAAGGAUAAAAAGAGAACGACGGAAGUUUUUAAAUCGGUCAUCAUCUCAACGAACAAUGAUUGUCACUUUACUGUUAAUAUGCUUCUUUAUCAUGCUCUUUCAUUAUUAUAUCGUUCAUUUUAGUAAAAAGGGACGACUUAUUAAUCGUAUACCGGGAGUAAAGCCACUUCCUAUUUUAGGCAAUUGUUUACGUUAUGCUUUCAUCUCGCCAGAGGAAAUGUGGUCGCAUACACGUAAUUUGAUGGUUACAUAUUAUCCAAUUCUUAAGUUUUGGUAUUUUACGGUUCCUAACGUUAUAAUUGUACAUCCGGACUAUAUAGAGAACAUGCUAAACAGCACGAAACACACCGUAAAAGGUUUCGUUUACGAACUACUUCGUCCUUGGCUAGGCGAUGGCCUUCUCAUUAGCAAAGGCAUAAAGUGGCAAAACAGACGGAAGAUACUAACUUCUGCAUUUCACUUUUCUAUACUGAAAGACUUUGUUGAGAUCUUCAUCGAGGAGGGUAAUAGGAUAACGGAAUCUUUUAAUCAUAUGGAAGAGUCGAUUAUCGAAAACAUGCAAUUCUUUACCAGUCAUCACACGUUAAACGCAAUAUGUGAAACUUCCAUGGGCAUUUCUUUGAACGAUCUUAGUUCGUUUCAACAAGAGUACCGUCAGACAGUUUCUGAUAUAAGUAAACUUAUAACCGAUAGGUUUUUCAAACCGUGGCUUUACAGUGACACAAUACUCAAUUUAACGUCACUGGGUAAUAAGCAAGAUUUAUAUUUGAAUAUCUUGCACUCAUUCACUGAAAAAAUUAUUGCGGAAAGAAGACGUUAUCACGAACAAAGCGGUGAACAAUACUUGAAGUAUUUCGAAAACAAUACAAAAACUGAAGACACGGAAGUGGCAGGCAUUAAAAAGAAGCGAAUGGCCAUGUUAGAUAUUUUGAUAGCGGCAUCUCGCAACAACAUGUUAACUGAUUCGGACAUUAGAGAAGAAGUGGACACCUUUGUAUUCGAGGGUCACGAUACCGUAGCGAUAGGCCUAUGUUUUUGUCUACUACUGUUAGCUGAACACAAGGAUAUCCAGGACCGUGUGAGGACGGAAAUUUGUGAGGUGAUGCAGGAAAAUGAUGGGAAGCUUACUAUGAACGCGUUACAGAAUCUAUCAUAUUUAGAGAGAUGCAUAAAAGAGUCGUUGAGAAUGUAUCCUAGCGUGCCUAUAAUAUCACGCACUUGUACCGAAGAUGUGCAAUUAAAACCAUAUUUGGUGCCAGAAGGCACAAUGGUACAUCUCUUUAUCUACGGCCUUCAUCACGAUAGUAACUUUUGGCCGAAUCCGGAAGUAUUUGAUCCAGACAGAUUUUUACCUGAGAAUACACAGAAACGUCAUCCUUAUGCCUAUUUGCCGUUCAGCGCGGGAUCACGUAAUUGCAUAGGUCAACGAUUCGCCAUGUUAGAACUGAAAGCUCUAGUAGCAUCCAUGGUGCACAAAUUCUACUUGGAACCCGUUGAUUAUUUGAAGGAUGUCAAAUUAAAGAUGGACAUUGUACUACGUGUCGCACGUCCAAUUCGCAUGAAAGUAAUUCCAAUCAAACGCAUGUAACCAUUUCACGUGAAUACUGAAUUGUAAGAAAAGAUCAGUUCGAGCAAAAUGUUGCAUUUACAUUAGUAAGAUAAUGUAGUUUUAUAAGUGACGAUUAAACGGAAUAAAAAUAGAUGAGUUAAUA